AUGUCCAGACCUCCGACAGUUACCGGGCCAUGGGUCGCCGCUAACAAGACAGAAUCUCCUCCGUCUUACAAAGCGGGGUGCGAGAUGGGAGACGACGUUGAGACUGUUCAGUUUGAUAACACCCGUCAGCCGACUGGCGAUGCAUCCAACGAUCGGGACCAGAUGGAGGAUGUGAUGCCGUCCUCCAGCACCGAAACCCGCCACAAGAAAGACACCAGACCCAAGCGAGGAAACCCCACAAACGAAUCCUAUAGACGCCUGCAUCGAAAGACCAUAUCACGACAGCGGACCGCACGCACCGCAAGGCGUAACCAAGGAUACUCCUUCCUGCGAGUCCCCGAUAACAUGGAGUCGCUGCGUGAAAAUACGGCAGUAUUGUUCUCGGACAAGCGCGGGAAUGUGGCCAUGCAGAAUGUGACGAGCCAGCUCGGCGCGUUGUGGCAAACGGCGAAGCCGACAAACGGUGCAGUUGCUGUUCCGAGCAUUGUGCUACCAAAUUCGGCCCAAGACCAAGACAUCGACACCGGCUCUCUCGAUGAUGUGGAUUCCUCCAGAUGCGCCAACAGCAAUAUCCAGCCUACUCGAGGAGGAUUUCACUCCUAG